UUAUUACUGCAAGGCAAGCUAAGCUAGAAUCAAUUCAAUGGAAGAGAUUAUCUCUUCAUCUUCAAUCCCUAAUUCACUCCAAAAACGCAUCCAAUUCUUCCUCCACAACCGCCCUGAAUGGUGGGUUUACGCCAUUUUCUGGCAAGCCAGCAAGGGCGGCCACGGCCGCGUUGUGUUGUCGUGGGGGGACGGCCAUUUCCGGGGAACCAAAGGCGUCGGGCCGUCGAGAUCAAACCAUCUUCAGCUCCAAAACAAGUUCGAAGGUGAAGGGUUGGUUGAAGGCAACGUUACUGAAUACGCGGAGUGGUAUUACAUGGUGUCAAUGACAAAGUCUUUUGCAGCUCCAGAUGAUCUCAUAGUCCAAACGUUUGAUUCGGGAUCCUACAUUUGGCUGUCGGACAGCAACCAAGUCCAGUUUUACCACUCCGACAGAGCCAAAGAAGCUCACUUGCACGGCAUCAACACUUUGGUUUGCUUCUCAACCUCUGCUGGGGUUGUCGAAUUGGGAUCCUCGGAUUCCAUUCAUGAGCACUGGGAAUUGUUGCAAAUUGGCCGCUCUAUCUUUAACGCACAAACCCAAAACCAAACCCAAAGCCAAGAUCUGUUCCCGUUUAGCCAAGAUCUUAACCAAUGUCUUUCCCCUAUAGAUUUCCGUCUUGGAGAUCCUCAGGAGAAGGAGAAAGAGAGCAGGGCGGUGGAUCUACAUGGCCCGGAUUCGGAUAUCAAGAAAGAAGUGCUUGUAAUCAAUGACCUCUCGCCGGACUCGGGUAAUUCUGAUUUCUUUGAAACAACGUUAACCCACCAAUCCGGGAUGAACAACAUGGUCGGAUCCAGAAAGCGGUCGAGGAAAGGAGCUCUGACCGGACGGGAAAUGGCGAUGAACCACGUGGAGGCGGAGAGGCAGCGGAGGGAGAAGCUCAACCACCGAUUCUACGCCCUACGAAGCGUGGUUCCCAACGUGUCCAAGAUGGACAAAGCCUCCUUGCUAGCUGACGCGGUCACGUACAUCAACCGCCUAAAGGCUAAGGUUGAAGAUCUGGAAAACAAACUGGGAACGCACGGCGAAAACCAGAUGUCCAGGAAGCGAAUCAUGGAGAUAAUGCACGACGCUCAGAGCACCACCACGUCCACGGUGGACCACGUCAUGGGCGGCGGCUCUCCGUUUGGGGCGAUGGAUGUUGAGGUGAAGAUUAUCGGGUCGGAGGCCAUGAUCCGGGUCCAUUCUCCGGAUGUGAAUUAUCCGGCGGCCAGGCUUAUGAAUGUGCUUAGAGAAAUGGAGCUGAAGAUCCACCACGCCAGCGUGUCCAGCGUUAGGGACUUGAUGCUUCAAGAUGUUGUGAUUAGGGUUCCUGACGGAUUGACCAAUGAGGAAGAUGCCCUAAAAGCUGUCAUCCUUAGAAGAUUACAGUCUUAAUUAUUAAGCAACCCCGCCUCAAUGUCCUGCUCAGAUCAGCUGCCAUGUUUGCCUACUUUCUAUGUUUGUAAGUUUCUUUUCUUUCAUUUUCUUUCUCAUUUAGGCAACAAUAAAUGUAAAUUGCAGCCAACUUUCUUAGCUUGUUUUGUCUGGUAAAA